AUGGGGGUUUUUGGGCUUGUCGAUCCUAGCAAUGUUCUUGCAAAAUUAUCAGGAGAGACAAAGAGAAACCGGAGCUUGCCUUUUUUGAUGCUCAAUGCUGACAGGAUUUUCAUCCAUUUCAUCGCCGCAGUUCCUUCAUUAAUUCUCACCGCAGCAGUUCUCCUUGGAGACAAAAUGUACUCUUCCAGUUCUUUGGUCCUAAUGACGCCUCUCAACAACGGCUCCCGACCCUUCGAUCGUUGGUACGAUCAACCAGCAAUCACUGAAUAUUGCUGGUCCCAAAUGAAAGCAGUCGAGGUCGAAAACGGUCAAAUAACGGAGACGUCGAUUUGGCACUAUUCGAUGUUUCCCUACGUAAUGGUUCUUUUUUGCUUAAUUCCUUUGGUCGCAAAUCUCGCUUGGAGAGUCAUUGAUCUUAGCGAGCUCGCUCACGCGCUGGAUUUUAUCAUCGACGGAAUAGAAGAGUCCAUUCAAGACAGCGUCGCAUUCCUCAUCAAACGAGCCAAAAGCAAUGGAAGACUUGACAAUUCGAAUAAUCCGCAAACUGCGACGGAAAACUCAGCUUUUGUUCAGCCAAAUUUAUACAAAGAUUAUGUCAGAUCUUUCAAAGUCGAAAAAUUCACCGAAUUCAAUCAAAUACUCAACAAGUACUCCAAACAAGCUGAUUUCCGGCUAAAGCUGAAAUUCUUGAGAUUAAUAAGCCUCUCCUGCGUUUUAAUCGAGAACUGUUUGUGCUACUACAUCUACCUCGUUCCCGCCAGAAAUCCAGUCACGUUCGGCUGCUACCUUCCUCAAGAACUGGCUGAUUCUAGCGGCCAGAAAAUCGGGUAUUUCGUCUUUUCGCCGGUAACGACUAGGACUCUUCUCCUCUGGUCGAUGUUUUACCUGAACUGGGUUAUUCUUGCUUUCGGUCUUUUUGCGUUUUACACGAACCCGAAAACAACGAAGAAAAACCCCGGGGUGCAGCUCGCCGACCACCUUCCCCAAAUCGACGACGACCUGAAAUUCGACGAAAGCAAAGAUCUCCACUACAUUCUCUCCCUCGUCCACACCAACCGAUUCCGUUACGAAAGCCUUCGUUUCGGCUUCCACAUUCUCGCAGUUUCGAAACUGGCCUCCUCGGAUUUGGACAAAAAGCACCACGAGUUCUUGAAAGCAAUGAGGGAAUCUGCACUGUGGGAGGCUUCGAGAAACUCGGCGGAUGAAAUAAUUGCCGGAAUUAAUCAAAAUGUAAAAUUAUGA